AUGGAGGUAGCAACACAAACGGAUGAAGUUGUGCGAAAAAACUUCGCACAACAGACGGACGGAGGAAGAGGAGAAUGGGUGAAAGGAGAGAACGAGGUAGAGUUUUUGAAGGAAAUAAGAAGAAAGAAAGAGGAAGAAGAUGACGUCGUGGUGAUCGCCGUGGUUCGCCCGCACGCGUCAAAAAGACGCAUGCAGAGCGUCAAAACGCAGACCGCGUUUCCGACGAAAGAGAAGGGGAUCCAAACGGAUUGGAUCAUCCAUCGAAUCGAGAUCGAGGAGUCUCAAAAAUCCGAUCGAGAUUUCCUUCUCCGCUUUAUCUCGCGCCAGUGGUUCCUGAUUAGGCUAAAGGACGAGUUUAAGGUGCCGGACAUGCUUUCCCCGAUGAGGGAAGUAGAGGACAAGGCGGAAGAAUGGAAAGGAUGGGGAGCAGGAGAAUUUAUAUGGAUUGAGGACGACAAGGAGAACGACAAGAACAACGACAACGAAAAAAAGAAACUAACAAGGAAGAUAGAAGAAGAGACAGAGAAAGACGAAAAAGAGGGACUCAGCAACAACAACAACAACGAUCACAAAAAUGAAAAUAAAAGGAAGAGGAUUGAUGAUAAGGAGGAGGAACAAACAAAGAGGAUGAAAAAGGAGAUAAAGAGAGAAGAUUUGCAAACGUUGGAGGGAACGAGGUGGCUGAACGACGAGGUCAUUAACUCGUAUUUUGAUUUGAUCAGCGCAGAUGAAGCUCACGGACAACGGGUAUACGCCAUGAACUCGUUUUUCUUUCCACGUCUGCAUCUAAGUGGUUAUGAGGCAGUAAAAAGAUGGACGAGGAAGAUUAAUAUUUUCAAGUACGAUAAAGUACUGAUUCCCGUCCAUCUGGGAAACCAUUGGUGCCUCGCUAUCAUAAAUAUGAGAUCGAAAACCAUUACAUACUAUGACAGCUUUAAAGGUGAAAACCCCCGCUAUUUACAGACCUUGCUUCAAUAUGUGAUUGCCGAAGCUCAAGCAAAAGGGGAAGUUGUGGUAGAGUCAAGCCAGUGGAGUUUGACAACGAAAAAGGAUAUUCCUCGUCAGCUCAAUGGGUAUGAUUGUGGCGUAUUUAUCUGCCAGUAUGCUAAUAAGUAUGAGGCUGCCAAUAGAGAGAUGAGCUUCUCGCAAGAAGAAAUUCCUCAAGUGAGACAAAGGAUGAUGCGAGAAUUACAGAUGGGGAAUAUUGAAAUUUAA